UCAAAUCCGGGCAUUUGGACCGUGUGUGGCUCGUUCCGGACUUUUGAAUUGGAGCUGUACUUUGGGCUGAGACUGAUGAUGUUUCACAAGUCCACGAGAACACAAGUACAGACAAGAAGAAGCAUAUUUAAAAAAGGCCCAUUAAUGUGAAAGAGAUGUUUAUUUCCUGGUUAUUCAACGUGGGUCCUGAAAAGCCACUCCUACGACACAUCUGCCUCACGCACGCGAAUAUCACCAGUUAAUUCAACACCAGUUAAUGUCGCACACACCGGUGUUCCUCCGGUGUUUCCUGUGAUGGUGAAGAGGAGAAGAGCCGGCUGCUGUGCUUCACACGACAGCUAGCCUCCUGGGAGGCGAGUCCCAAUGCCAUGGCCUCCAGCCACGGCUCCUCCCCAGUGCCCCGUGGAGGCCGAGAUGGGAUCUACCACAAGGAGCGGGACGCCCCGCCCGCUCGAUGCCGGUCCGUCCGCUCCCUGCCCGACGUCUGCCCGAAGGAGCCCACCGGUGAGAGGCGGGGCCUGUGUGACGGCCCGUCCGUGGUGGCGGAGCACGACAGGUGGACGGUGUACAGCUCCAAGGUGAACCUCCCCGCCGCGCUCAACGACCCGCGGCUCGCCAAGCGGGAGUCCGACUUUUUCACCAAAACAUGGGGGCUCGACUUCGCGGAGACCCAGGUGAUGCCCUCCUUCUACCUCCCCAACAUCACCAGGGAACACUUCGGACCUUACCUGCAGGAGAUGGCUCAGAGGGAAAGAAUCCACGAAAGCUGCAAGACGUUCUGUCCCAACAAAGACGACGUGGACGCUGCUUCCAGUGUCGCCACCAACCACGACAAAUCCAGAGCUGAGCUGGAACAAGUCCCGAAGAUCUUCAUGAAGCCUGAAUUUGCCCUGGAGGACCCCGCCACCUUCAACAGCGUGCUGCCCUGGUCGCACUUCAACAGUGCCGGAGGGAAGAGCAGCAGAGACGUGGCCUCCUCCAAACUGCUGCAGGAGAAGCUGAGUCACUACCUGGACGUGGUGGAGGUGAGCAUCGCCCGGCAGAUCUCGCUGCGCUCCGAUGCGUUUUUCCACGCCAUGUCCUCGCAGCACGAGCUGCAGGACCGGCUGCAGGAGACGCAGCGGGCCGUGGCCGUCCUGCGGGGCCGGACCGCCGCCAUCGAUCGGAUCAUGUGCCAGGGGCCUCUGCAGGCCCUCCGCACCGCCCUGACCCGCAACAACUGCGUGAAGCUGCACAACAAGCUGAAGCUGAUGGCGGCGGUGCAUCAGACGCAGCCCACCGUGCAGCUGCUGCUCUCCACCUCCGAGUUCGUCGGAGCGCUGGAGCUCAUCUCCACCACCAAGGAGGUGCUGCAGCAGGAGCUGCAGGGAAUCCACAGCUUCAGACAUCUGGGCUCCCAGCUGUGCGAGCUGGAGAAGCUGAUCGAUAAGAUGAUGGUGGAGGAUUUCAGCAUGUACGCCCGCAGCGACCUGAACCGCGUCCUGAAGGACGAGCCGCUGGUCCUCGAGAAGGUCCACAACACAAACGCUGCCUCACAGAAGGAGCGUCUGGAGUCUCUGGUGUUCGGCCUGCUGCGGCAGAGGAAGCUGGACUUUCUGGAUAUUUACAGCGAUGAGACGAUCAUGGCCGCUAAGGCCAUCGUCUCUCAGUGUGUGGUAGAAAAUGUUUUGAACAUAGAAGAUAUUGACACUGAAGUCGUCACAAAGCUAUUUGACCAGAUGCGUCUGAUGACGUUCCCUCAGUGGUUCGAGCUGCUGAGAAACAUCUUUGAGAGUUUCCUUCUCUUCCUGCAGAGGAUCAAGGCCACGCUGAGCGUGAUCAAGAACGUGGUUCUGGAGGUUCUGGCCUCGAACCAGAGGAACCGGCUCCUGGAGGAGGCGGCCGGAUCAGGGGCUUUGGUUCAGGAGGCCCCCCGCGUCCCGUCGCUCCUACAGGGGGAAGCCGAGCUGGCCUACCUCACCCACGAGGGUCUGUUCAUCAGCGACGCUCUGAACGAGGCUCGGCAGCAGCAGCAGCAGCAGCAGCUGGUUCAGGAUCAGAGCUCUGCCGUGGGCUCCAGGAUCCAGCAGAGUCGGGCGGAGGCAGCCGGCAGCGACUCAGCAGAGACCUCCAUCAUCAGGGAGCAGAGCUUCAUGUCCGGUGAGAACAUGAUGCCCUCUGAUCUGGAGCUGAACCGUGUGAUCAACAACCUCCAGGAGCUGCUGCACACCGCCUCCGACGUCAGCCACGACCGCUGCGUCAAAGUCCUCACAGCCAGAGCCAAGGACGGCUCUCUGGCACGUCUGAGCUCGGCCGAGUUUGUGUGCCUCUCUCAGGCCGUGGAGGGUUUCGUCCGGGACACGGAGGAGCUGUGCAGCAGGCGCAGCGUCUCCCUGAGGGGGGCGCUGCAGAGCCAGGCCAACCGCUUCGUCCACCGCUUCCACGACGAGCGCAAGACCAAACUCAGCCUCCUCUUGGAUAACGAGCGCUGGAAGCAGGCCGAGGUUCCCGCUGAGUUCCAGGAUCUGGUGAACUCCAUCGCGGAUGGAAGAAUAACACUACCGGAGCGCAAAAUCCCAGCUCCAGAGGACAGGAAGCCCGCCGAGUUUCUGCUCGUCAACGGGCAGAAAUACGCCGUCGUCGGGACGGUUCUGCUGCUGAUCCGGAUCUUUCUGGAAUACUGUCAGUGUGUCAACGACAUCCCGUCCAUCGCCACCGACAUGCUGACGCGUCUGUCGGACCUCCUCAAGCACUUCAACUCUCGGAGUUGCCAGCUGGUUCUGGGAGCCGGAGCUCUGCAGGUUGUCGGUCUGAAGACCAUCACCACCAAAAACCUGGCGUUGGCUUCCCGCUGCCUGCAGCUGGUGGUUCACUACAUUCCCAUCAUCAGAGCUCACUUUGAGACCAAACUGCAGCCCAAACAGUUCAGCGUUCUCCGACACUUUGACCACAUCACCAAGGACUACAACGACCACGUAGCGGAGAUCUCUGCUAAGCUGGUGGCCAUCAUGGACAGUCUGUUUGAGAAGGUUCUAUCGAAGUACGAAGUAAAGGCUCCGAUGCCGUCGGCCUGCUUCAGAAACGCCUGUAAACAGAUGGCGAAGAUGCACGAAGCCAUUUCUGAACUUUUACCUGAAGAGCAGACGCAGAUGUUGUUUCUGAGGAUUAAUGCCAGUUUUAAGAUGCACCUGAAGAGGCAGCUGGCUCGACUCGGAGUCGUUAAUGACGGAGGACCUCAGAACGGGCUGGUUGUGGUGGACGUCGCGUUCUACACGGAGAACGUUCAGGCGCUGAAGAACCUCGACCGGCUCGACCUGAACAUGGCUGAGAUCUGGGAGCAGAAGAGGUGAUGGAGGACGACGGGACGUCCAGGACCGACCAAUGAGACCCGGAGACGUGAGGCCGGCCUCAUGGGGGGCCGGCCGGCCGGCCCGAAGGGUCCAAAAAUACAAAACUGGGAGGAGAAAAGCAGCUACAAGCCGGGGGGGCUUCCUGAACAGCUCCACCUUAAAAAGACUUCAAGUAACACACAGAGCCUCCUUUAAAACACGGCUGCCACCUCCUCUCACUGUGUGCAAUCCAACAGAAAUACUCAAACAUUAGACGGUUUUAGUGCGAGUUAAGGGUGUAGAUAAUGUUAAAGAAGUGGCGGGUAAUUUAUUUUUCGGUCGUCUUGAAGACAUUCUGUACUGUGGCGAACUUUGUCUCCAGAUGUUGGAGCUGAAGGGAUUUUUAUCAUCGCUGAAACAGAUGUUUCUUUGACUCUUUGCUCAAACUUCACAGCCGAGGAUUCUGGGUUCAGAUGACGUGGAUCGCUCCGGAGAUAAUUUAAUUUUUUUUGUUCUUCCUGCUUCUGAACGAAUCAACAGGGUUCCCUUCGCGGUGUUUCCAAACUUUUUUCCGAACCUCGUUCAUCAGCUGGUUUUGGUUUCUCUUCGUUGUGGUUCAAAGGAUUCUUAAACUUUUAUACUCGAGACGGUUUGAGGCCUGAAGGAAAACAAAAUAAAUGUGUGAUUGAAGAGUUCAUUUCCUGAAAACCUUAAACAAACAUCCAGACUGUGAACGCAUCACAACUCUCAGCAGCAUCCUGUCGUUACCAAAGUAAUACACUUUCUAAUUUGGGGAAUAAACUCUUUGAUUACACAUUAGUUUCCUUCAAACUGUCAAAUUAUGCAUUCAGUUUCCUUCAGCCGUGAGGAUCCAGAGGCGCGUUUCUUCUUCGUGGAGUUGAUCGAUGAGUCUGACUGCAGAACAUGAAGCAUGAAAAUCAGCUGUUGACUCAGACUGCUGUCCUCCCUCCUGCUGUAGUUUUAUUAAACCUGCAUGAAGAACGUGAGCUUUUUGUUUCCUCUGAAACUGAAACGACUCAAAAACGGAACAGAAAAUCUGUUUGUUUGACUUUUCAACGAAGAAAACCAAAAAUAAUUGAAAUGUGCACAAAACGACUUUUGCCUGCUCGUUAGUGAGGACUCCUUCCUGUUGAUCCAAAAUGCAUUCAAGCAGGAAAACUACAGUCGGAGGUAAUCAUGUGACCCGGAGCGUUAGUGUUCGGGCCGUUAUCAGUGAAUCUCGUCUCAAGACGUUCACCAACACACGCUUGUAUUCAGGUGUUCUGAGUCACGGUCGCCCGGCUCAAGCCGGCACUGUGCUGGUGUGGUUUUGGAGCGCUCCCUCCGAUCCUGUUCUCAGGACAUGGUGGGCAAAGAUAGACCUUUAUGCGUCACUGAAGUGCACCUGAGUCCGAUUACAGGACCACACCUACAGCACUUACCCGGUUGGGUUUUCUUCAAACGUUAGAUUUUCUGUUCCUGAGUGAAGUUCAGUCCCUCUGAGCUCAAACACACAUCUGUCCAGCUGCAGUCGCAUCGCCUCGAGUCUCUGAAACCUACAUCGACACUACAGACUCACUGCUUCAAUCAGCUACAGUACUUUAAUACAGCAGGUUUAUUACUGAGACAAUGUUAUUUUUCCAACCUGAAAUAAUGUGACGCAAAAACCUCGGCUGUUUAUGAACAAAUCAUCUUUAUGUAUACAGUAUAUAUAUAUGUGUGUAUACGUCAGAUUCAGAGAGUGAUGUGACUGCAGCUGUCAAUGCUUUUUGAUCUCAAGAAACUAACUCAUCGCUGUCUGCUUCAGAAGUGCCUACUUUUGAUCGACUGUCAGAGACGACACAUCUGAGCUCUCCACUACAGUGUGCCUAGUGUGUGUGUGUGUGUGUGUGUGUGUGUGUGUGUGUGUGUGUGGGGCGCGUUGGGCUGCAUGUAUGAGAAUCCAAAAUGUAUUGAUUCCUUCAAACCUGAUGUGAAUAAAACGGGAUGACGGAG